AUGGAUAAUUUAUCACCUAUCCACCCUAGCAAACGGAUGUCUGAGUUCUCACCUAACCAUCGUCUACAAGACUAACAUUGGACUACAAGCCAAAAUCUGAGUUCUUUCAUCCAAAGUCUACCGCAAUCCAACUUUUCUCAGCAGGGAGAUCCAUCUGAACUCGAUCACAACUCAGUAUCGCAAUGGUCUCUCGCUGCUCGAACUGGAAGCUUCCGGCGGUGGAGUUCUGCGCACCGCCGUUAGGGUGUCCAAAUCCGCAGGCAAGGCCGUCGGGAUUCCAUUUCAGCAGAACUGCCACCAGGAGCUCCCGUGCCUGGAGAGCCUUGACAUUUCGAGUCUCAGCAGCGGUGGAACGGAGCAGUAGCGGCGGCGCCGGGGAAGGCGCAGCUAGUAAGAAGGCGGCUCCGUCUUCUUCCGGUUCUGUACCUAACUCGAAUUACAUGGUGCCUAUGGACAAGCCGUCUUCCUGCCUUACUCGCCCUCUUGCAGAGAUCCUCCGUGACCUUAAUAAGAGGAUCCCUGAUAACAUCAUCAAGGAUCACGGGAAUAACGAUCCUCAUUCCACAUUCAUUCCUUGGUACCAUGCCAAUCGCAUGUUAAGCUUCUACGCUCCAGGCUGGUGUGGAGAAAUUAGGGAUGUUAUUUUCUCUGAGAAUGGAAGGGUGACUGUCGUUUACCGUGUCACGGUAUUAGGAUCAGAUGGAGAGGCAUACCGCGAGUCGACCGGGACAGUAUCAUCUGAGGAUGAGAGCGUUGGGGAUCCGGUUGCUGUAGCUGAGGAGAUUGCGUUUUGCAGAGCUUGUGCUCGGUUUGGACUUGGCUUGUAUCUUUACCAUGAUGAAUAGCUGCGACAGAAAUGACAAUUUUGAGAUGAGAUUGGAAUGAGAGCUGUUUGUAUGGAAUAUAUAUAUAUAACAUAAUGCUACCUACCCCAACCCCUGUUAUACACCAAAUUGGGGUUAUGACAAUUUAUGUGUUCAUGCAACACUGUUUCUUUAGUUGUGGAGUUUAUUGUUCAAUUUAUUGUCUUUAUAAUUUGCUAGUUUUAAAUUGGGAAACAUUCUCCCCACAUCUUUAGUAGAGUGAAGGUCAAUUUCACCACAUAAAUAGCAUAGCAUAUG